AUGCUCGCUCAACGCCCAUCACUGCGCUUCCUGGCGAUCGGGGCCGUCGUGUCCCUCUUCGUCCUAGCAUUCCUCGUCCUCGGAACAUCACCCCGCGGACUUUCGUCCCAGUUCAACAUCAAGACACAACCACGACCAGUCCAGACUUGUGUCCCACCUUCCAACUCCUCCGGGUGGGAGUUUCUCGUCCAAAGAGAUGGCAAUGACCAUGGUCUCUCCGAGGACCAGUGUCGCCUCGCAUUCCCCAAGCUAUUCACCGAGAUCGAUAAGUCAUCAGCGUUGAGACAAGACACGCAUAUUUCCUAUAAGGAGAUGGACUCCCGCGCGGUAGAUGAUGGCAUGGUGCGGGCGAUCGUCGAUCGAGGACAGUUAUACAUCGUCGACUACGCCCCCAUGCCCGCCACAGCAACCCGCGCACGCGCAACCCUCAACUCUCUCCACCGUGCGCUCGCAGCCUUUCCGAACCGCGACCUUCUCCCCAGCAUCGAGUUCACUUUCACAACGGAGGAUUUCGCCUCAGACACCCAAAGCGCAAGUCCCAUCUGGGCAUACUCCAAGCGCGACUCGGACACCUCGGUCUGGCUGAUGCCUGAUUUCGGAUACUGGGCAUGGCCCGAAGUGCAGAUCGGCCCGUACCAUGAAGUCCGGCGCCACAUCGCAGCCAUUGAUGACGGCCAGACGGCCGCAGACGGGACUUUCACCCCGGGUCUGCCGUUCCAGGAAAAGAAGAAGCAGCUCGUCUGGCGGGGUAGCUUGGCCACAAACCCGCCCGUGCGAAGCAAAUUGCUCAAGUCUGCGCUGGGUCGUAGUUGGGCCAGUGUGCGGGUUAUCGAUUGGGAUGAUGAGACGGAUCUUCGAUACAACUUGCUUCCUAUUGAGGAUCAUUGUCGGUAUAUGUUCGUCGCGCACACGGAGGGGAGGAGCUUCUCCGGCCGUGGCAAGUAUCUCUUGAACUGUCGCUCGGUGAUGGUGUCGCAUGCGCUGGAGUGGCGUGAGGCUCAUCAUGCGGCGCUGGUUUCGUCCGGCCCGGACGCCAACUACGUCGAACUUGAUCGCGAUUGGAAUGACCUCGCCCGGAAGAUCGAUUAUCUGAUUGAUAAUCCUGAGAUCGCGGAACGCAUCGCGAACAAUGCCGUGCGCACGUUCCGUGAUCGUUACCUGACCCCUGCCGCUGAGUCUUGCUAUUGGCGCCAGUUGAUCAGACAGUACGCUGCAUCUUGUGAUUUUGAGCCGGUGCUGUUCUCCACUGGCCGUGAUGGCAAGACUCAGGCUCGAGGUGUCCCCUACGAUACCUGGAUCUUGAUGCAUUGA